UACGCUUCUUUUGUUCACAACAAGCCUGGUAAGGGUGAACUUGGGCAACUUGCUAGAAAUCGUCGAAUUCGAGACACGUUCUGUGUAUAUUAGACACUGUUUGUUUUUUAAACACACGCACAUGUCUACGUGUUAACGUGUUUUAUUCCACAUAGUUAGCUAGCUAUUUUAGCUAAUGCUAAACAGCUAAUGCUAUAUAGCUAGCUAACAUCCCCGACCAUGAGCUCAGUAAUUUACUCCCCCACCUUCUAAAGAAGAGGAGGUCUGCUGGACGGAGAAAGAAGCUCCCGUGAAGGAGAAGAAGGAAGAGGAAGCUGUUACGUUGUUUUGUCGGGUAGGUGGCUUGCUAAGUUAGCAUUAGCAACUAACCUAAGGUUAAUUCUAUCUACCUAGUUAACGUCCCCGACCAUGAGUUCACUAAGCUACUCCACCACUUAUAAAGAAGAGGAUGUCUGCUGGACGGAGAAAGAAGCUCUGGGGCUGAACAUUAUCGUAAAAGAAGAAGAGGAUAUUAGAGUGAAAGGAGAGGAAGGUGAAGAAGAGGAGGAUAUUAGAGUGAAAGGAGAGGAAGAAGAGGAUGCAGUGUUCCGAGUGAAGAAGGAGGAGGAGGACGAGGUCACAGUGAAAGAAGAAGAGGAGGAAGAAGAUUUCAAAAUAAUAAAGGAGGAAGAGGAGGAGGCUAUUACAUUGAAAGAAGAGGAUGUUCUAGUGAAAGGAGAGGAAGAACCCUUUAGAGUGGAAGAGGAGGAGACUGAAGAUCUGAUUGACACCAGAGAGAGACCAGAUUCUCAUUCUGACAGCGGGAAGAGUCCUUCAGGGGAACCAGACCCAGAGACGCCCAAACCAGCAAGAAAACAUCACUGCUCCCACUGUGGAAAGAGUUUUUGGUGGUUAGGGCACCUUAGACACCAUAAGAGAACGCACACAGGGGAGAAGCCCUACCCAUGCUCCCAGUGUGGAAAGAGAUUUACCAUGUUAGGGAACCUGAAACAGCAUGAGAGGACACACACUGCAGAAAGGCCGUUUCAAUGUUCCAAGUGUGGAAAGAGUUUUACCUGGUUACGGUACCUGAAUAAGCAUGAAGAAAUACAUACAGCAGGCAGGAAGACCUGCCAAUGCUCUCAGUGUGGAAAGAGAUUUACUACGUUAGGGUACCUGAAAACACACAAGAGAAUACACUCCGGAGAGAAGCCUUACCAAUGCUCCCAAUGCGGAAUGACUUAUAACCAGUUAGGGAACCUGAAAUCACAUGAGAGAAUACACACGGGAGAGAAGCCCUUCCAGUGCUCCCAGUGUGGAAAGAGAUUUACUGGUUCAAAGAACCUGAAAUUGCAUGUGAGAAUACAUCGUGAUAAACAUACAAAUACACAGGAGGGGAAGGAGGAGGAGAAGUCAUACCACUGCUCUCAUUGCGGAAAGACAUUUUCCCGGUCAGAGGACCUGAAAUCACAUGAGAGAAUAGAGAGACUGUGUUCCGACUUGUGUUUUUGACUUAGAAUGUGUUUUUCUUCAAGCCACAUGAAAUCAUAUUGUACACUGAGUACACCAAACAUUAGUAUCACCUUCCUAAUAUUGAGUUGCAGUAUUUUUUAUAUUUUUUUUAUUUCACCUUUAUUUAACCAGGUAACAAAACACACAGAACACAUAUA